CGUGUGGAUCUGUUCCGGGAUCUCAGUGACUGUAUGGAUGCAUUGAACCUGUUUCUGAACAAUCGGUUUAGUGAGAGUCUGGACCUCCUGCGGCCAAGAUCCCAGGAGAGCAUGUACCAUAGUCUGGUGUAUGGCACUAUUUUGGAGAUGCAAGCUAUGAUGACCUUUGAACCCGAUGACAUCAUCAGUGCCGGGCAGACCAUGAAGCAAGCACAGGAAAUAUGUCAGCGGUUCAGAAAGAAAACAUCGCUCAUUAAUAAAUCCGGAGCAGAAUCCUACACAGAAGUGGAAUUGCACGCGGAGGUCUGCUAUGCCGAGUGUUUAUUACAGAGAGCUGCUCUGAUUUUCCUGCAGGAUGACAACAUGAUCAACUUCAUUAAAGGUGGGAUGAAGGUUCGGAACAGUUACCUGAUUUACCGAGAUCUGAACACCAUCAUGCAGUCAAACGCCUUCCAGAAGGGCCAGUCACAUGCACACCUACAAGGCGGCGUGUCUUUAGGUAUUGGCGCAUUUAAUCUGACUUUGUCUCUCUUCCCUCCCCGGAUACUGAAGAUAUUGGAGUUUGCUGGCUUCUCAGGGGACAAGGAAUACGGGUUGAGCCAGCUCCAUGAAGGGUCUGCAUCCUAUAACCUGCGCUCCUUGCUGUGUGCUAUGCUGCUACUCUGCUACUACACCUUCCUGAGCUUCAUCCUAGGGACUGGAGAGGAAGACACCACAGAAGCCGAUUCUCUUCUUCAGCCUUACCUCAGCCAGUACCCCAAGAGUGCAAUCUUCUUGUUCUUCGCCGGAAGAAUGGAGGAAAUUAAAGGCAAUAUCGAUGAGGCCAUCCAUUGGUAUGAAGCCGGGUGUUCGGCUCAGCAGUCCUGGAAGCAGUUCCACCACAUGUGUUACUGGGAGCUGAUGUGGUGCUUCGCCUAUAAGGGGAUGUGGAAGGUGGCUUAUUUCUACGCAGAUCUGUUGAGCAAAGAAAGCCGCUGGUCCAAGGCUAUGUACAUGUACAUGAAGGCAGCUUUUCUCAGUAUGCUUCCUGUGGAUGAGCCUCGGCCAUUUGGUGAGAGCGAAGUAGAAUUGUUCAGACUUGUACCCUCCUUGAAGCAGAAAAUAGCAGGAAAAUCACCACCCACUGAAAAAUUUGCCAUCAGGAAGGCGAGAAGAUACCAGGCCAAGAACCCUGUCCCGUUACCGGUUCCUGCACUGGAGAUGAUGUACCUGUGGAACGGUUUCUCUGUAGUUGGAAAAGAUGCCAAGCUAACAGAAGCCACUCUAAAUACACUUUGUGUGGUGGAAAACAAUCUGCUACAGGAGCCAGCCAACGAGUACCUGGAAGAUGACCACUGCUCCAUCCUUCUGCUGAAGGGUUUGUGUCUGAGGCAUCGCGGGAGGCUGGCACAGGCUGAGCAGUGCUUCACCCACAUCUGCCAGAGCGAGAAGAAGAUAAAAUACGACCAUCAUUUGGUUCCUAACUCUUUGCUGGAGCUGAGCCUUCUCUACAUUCAGCAACGCAGGGGAGAAGAUGCCAUUUCACUCCUACGCCGUGCCAAGAACAACUACAAGAGUUACUCCAUGGAAUCCCGCACCCUCUUCAGGAUCCACGCUGCCUUGUCCAAGCUCAAGGCGGCGGACUCCGAGGAAAACAGUACAGAUGGAGCCAGCCUCUCCUGACCAAUCGGAAGUCACCAUUCCUAGGCAAUGAGGAAUUCU